GACACUUUGAAAAAAACGAUGUCACUCAUUGCGGACAGACACUUGAGCAAACAACUCUUACGUGAACGCUUUGGUUGCUAAAUUUUAAUAUUGAAUUCGAAAUGUCUUCCUUCCUUUCUGGUGGCGGUAUGUGCGGACGAUGCGGAAAGAAAGUAUACCACGCGGAAGAAAAAGUUGGCGCUCUGCGUUCGUGGCACAAAAUUGGCUGUUAUACUUGUAAAGACUGUAAUGUUACACUGUCCUCGACAACGGUGGCGGAAGCGAUGGAAGAGAACGAAAUUUAUUGCAAAUCAUGCUAUGGAAGGAAAUAUGGUCCCAAAGGUUAUGGUUAUGGAGCAGGUGCAGGAACUUUAAGUAUGGAUGCAGCUGAAGGCAAAUGGGCAGAAACUACUGGUCCGUUGACUGCUGCAGGCAUGUCCUAUAUGGGAGGGAAUCGUUGUCCAAGAUGCGGGGGAUCCGUUUAUCAUGCAGAAGAAGUAUUAGGAGCAGGAAUGUCGUGGCAUAGAGGUUGUUUUAACUGUCACACAUGUAAUAAGAAAUUAGACUCAACAACAUGUCAAGAAAAUAGCGGAGAGAUAUAUUGCGCCGCUUGUUAUGGCAAGAGCUUUGGACCGAAGGGGUAUGGGUUUGGUGGUGGUGCAGGUGCGUUGACAAAUACAGGCUCAUAAAAAAUAGUUGUUAAGACAAUGUUUAAAUUUCUCAUGUAUAAUGUAAAAUAAUAUCAAGCCCUGCCUUAUAAUACAGAUUUGGUGUUUCGCUACACGGAA